AUGGCGAUGAUGAUGACUGACCGUGUGCUGCUGGUGUGUGCCCUCUGCGUGCUGUGGUGCGGUGCCGGCGGUAUAUGUGACGAGAAGGCAGUGGGUGGCUGCAUGGCGUCGGAAGUGUUGGGUGAAAAUGGAUCCAACAUGCCUAACGGAUGUGAUAGAACUGCGCUCAUGCUGUCAUUGCGUUCUGUGUUGCCCAUCAUCGUUGCUGAAGUUUCAGGUGAAGAAGAUGGUCCUUCGAAGGGAGGAAGUGGUGGAGGAGGCGGUGUAAAUCCUGGUGGAAAAGAUGGUGGAAAAGAUGGUGCAGCCGGAGCCCCUGCUUCCGGUGGCGGAGGUAAUUCUUCGGGGUCUGUUUCUCCUGGUGGUGGUUCGCCACAUCACCCUGGUGCUGGCACGGUGACCAGUGGCAAUCCUUUAUCCCGCCCGCAAAAUGCAUCCCAAACGGAAGUUUUGCGGAGAGAUGAAACAGAGAAUCAGAGUCUCUCGUCGCCCAAAGGAAAGGCAGCAGAUACACCAGUCAAUGGAGCACAGACAAAAAAUCCCGAUAACUCAGUGAUUGCGUUGCCCGACAAUCUGGCAAGUAAGGAAUCAUCAAAUAAGGUAAAAUCAGAGUCCCUCACUGCGCCAGGCGCAGCACCGAAGCCGUCACCAGAGGGUCCAAAUACGGAAUUACAAGGCAAAGGAAAGGCAUCACCGGAAUUAUCAGACGCAAAACUGCCGGAACCCAAAACUGAACAUCAAACAACAACUUCAGAAGAAGGGAAGAAUCGCAGCCAGAACACGAGUGCAUCCACGGAUUCACCCGCAAAACAAGGACGAAAUAACGAAGAUCCUGUAUCCACUUCAGGAACAGCGGAGAGUAUAUCAACUGGCAGUCAAGAACAAGCAGCAACGACAUCUUCAAAUGAAAGUUUUUCCCCACUUCAGGAAGAAACAUCCACCGAAACGACAAAUGUGGAGAAUUCUCGACCUUCCGAUACUGCACAGACAGAAAAACGACAAAAUGGCGGUAAAGAAAAGGCUGGCGACGGUGACAGCAGCACCGCGGUCUCCCACUCCACCUCCCCUCUUUUGCUUCUUCUUCUUGUUGUUGCGUGUGCGGCUGCGGCUGCGGUGGUGGCCGCGUGA